AUGCAGUGCUUCAUCACCCUUUCUUUGAUGCUCGGUGCGGCAGUGGCAGCUCCCUACGAGUUGAUCUCCAAACGCGCGUUGAAUGAUCGCGAAUGGGGCUACAACAAGGUAGACAACUGCCCAGCCUAUCUCGAAGAAGGCCAAUACGAGUUCCCUCACUACAUCACACACAUCUCUCAGCAGCAACCCGACAAAGCAUUUGGCCCUCAGUACAGCGGUCUCUUUACCCCUAACGACAUCUCAUCCAUCUUCAGCUUCGACAUCCCUGCCUCGCGCGCCGAUGCCAACUGCACCCUGGAGUUCCUGUUCCCUCGCCAGGAUCAGCUCGAGACCUCUUCCUUCUCGUACCAACGCGCAGGCACAUUCUUCUUCACCGGUUAUAACCCAGGAAGCUGUCCUGGUCCCGAGACUACCUUCAACAACCAACCGGAGCCGGGCCCGUUCCCUGCGUUCCCUCCUAUGCAUAUGGAGCCUGGAUAUGCCUACACCAUUGAUAUCGGCCCCUGCUUCGUUGGCGCUGGGACCUGUGUGGCUGGCAUGACAUCCACCAACGACACCUCGUUCUCAUUCUUCCAGGAUGCAGACGAAUGUGCCAUUGGUGUUAGCCAUUGGAAGGUCCCUAUGGACACGGCGUUGGAUCAGUCGCGAGGACCCGAGAACCCGAGACCGCAAGACAGCGAGCUGACACCCGAGAACCCGAGACAAGGUCAGCUCGUUGUCUUGCGUGCGCCCGUCCCCGUUAUACUGCGUUCCGGCACCCUAUAUGAAGGAGCUCUUGCUUUGGUAUAUGGGUGGUACACGAAUUGGACCAGCUUGGUCUACCAUUACGAGACCCUGAGGGGCCGUGGUCCUAUCUACGUACACGGUCUCCACGAAGUAUAUGGCCCGGUCGUGCGCGUGUGCCCCCACGAGGUCGACAUCUCCGACGCCGAAGCCGCGCGGCAAAUCCACCGCGUCAAGGCCGACUUCCUGAAGACCGAGUUCUACCACGAUGCCGACGGCAAGAUCAACGUCUUCAACGCGCGCGAUCCCGAGGCGCACCGAGCACGCGAAAGCUUCUCUCGCAGCCAAUUCGAUAGCAAGAUCCGCCUCGCAAUCCAGCGGAUGGGCGAGGAGAUGGACGAGCGAGGUGCCGUGGACGUCUACAAGUGGUGGAACUUCCUCACUACGGACGUGAUUGGACAGCUGAGCUUCGGCGGUUCCUUCAAUAUGUUGGAGAGUAGCAAGCCCAGAAAUCAAUACAUCGAAGAUAUCGACAGCAGGAGCAUCACGGCAGCCGUCUUCCUGUUUCUCCCCUUCCUGUGGAAACUGCCUGCUUCUCUACCUAUUCCUUUCAUGAAGACCGUGCGGGAAGCCAGCGUACGCAUGACGAACUACGCGAAGACCUCUCUGCAACGGUACCGGGAUCGACUGGGUCAAGACACGGAAGCAGAGCCUAUGCUGUUCACCAAAGUGAUGAAGGACGAAGCUGACGACGGCGGAUCGCUGACUGAAGAGGACAUCGUACACGAAGCCGAAUUAUACAUCGUGGAGGGGAGCGAUACGACUUCGGUCACUCUGACCUACCUGACCUGGGCACUAUGUCGACAGCCAGAGUUGCGAGCACGGGUAGUCCAAGAGACUCUCCGAAGAUACGCAGUGGUGCCGGGACCACUCCCUCGUCACGUCCCACAAAGCGGCGCUACUCUGAAGGGGUACUGGCUCCCAGGAGGUUCCGUCGUGCGGACUCAGAACUGGAGUCUGCACAGGGACCCGGUAGCAUUCCCGGAUCCGGACACAUUCGACCCUUCCCGAUGGGAGAAUCCCACGAAAGACAUGAAAGAGGCUUUUAUGGCUUUUGGUAGUGGGUCAAGAAUCUGCAUCGGAAUGCACCUUGCUCAUAUCGAGCUCCGGCUCGGGGCUGCCCAUUUCUUCCGAGCGUUCCCAAACGCCACGGUCUCGAACCGCGAUGCAAUGAGUGAUCAGGACAUGGUCGAAGAUCUGUACUUUCUAUCGAGUCCCAGAGGGGGCAGGUGCCUUAUCGCUGCUUGCUAA